AUGUGCUUCUGCUUCUUUGCUUAGGACAUUUACUAUCAAUACUUGCAAUGGUUUUUAAAGUUCCUCCUUAUUACACUCAUAGAAUUCUCUCGUCUCUCAACAUUUUUCAAGCAAUUCCAAACGGAAUUUUCACAACAAUAGUCGGAUUUAAUAUUAUUUUCAAUAUCAUCUUUGACACGCCCUUCCUCAAAAACCUUCUCAAAUUCAAAGAACUAUAAUAUUAUUUCAAGCAGCUAGCCAAAUCUUCUGGCUAUUUCUUUCUCUACCUAGUUACUAUAGCUUGCUUGUUUGGUAGCAUUGUCACAUUAACGACUGAAAAUAAUUUAGAUAUCGCAUCUAUUUUCCUUAUAGUAUUGUUUAGCUUAUAUUACACAUAUCAACUAUUUAUUUUUUUAAAUAGAAAAUACUUUUGACAAGCAAACAUAUAAACACACACGCAUACACAUACAUACUUAUAAUUUAUUUAUUUAUUAAUUUAUUUUUCUCAUAAAACAACUCAAAACAAAAGAUAGUAUCUAACUAUAUUUAUAUUUCAUAUGUAUUUUAAUUUUAAUAUACAUUUGGCAUGUUUAAUUAAUUUCCUUCAAAGUAAAUAAACUUUUUUAAGGUGAAUAAAUUAAAUUUGAAAUGUAUUAAAGUAAAAUAAAUCAGUAUAAAAAUAAUUAGGAUUUGUGA